UGUGGAGUCUUUGCUCAAUAUAGAAACUUAAUCAAGAAGCCAUGGCAAUUCCUAUCAGACUGGCCGUCAUGAUGGUCCUGCUGGUGACAGUGACAGCACAUCCACACAGAAGGCACUGCCAUAUGUCCAGAUACAGAUCCCUGUCCCCCAGUGAUAUAAGGGCAGUCAGACAUCUACACAAUGAACAUGAGAAAAGCCCUUUCAGUGAUGGGAUCAAAUGUUACAGGAAAAUGAUUCGUCAAAAGCCGUCUGUGUGUGACUUGCAGGAAAGUGACAGACUGAUUCUGACUCUGGAGAGAGUGAGCCUGGCUGUAGAUGUUCUGCAAAACGUGACUGAGUCUCCACUGACCACACUUGUAUCCCAGCCACUUACAAUGUUCCUUAGUUUGGAAGAUGAUCUGAAGUUCUGUAGGAAGUCUCCGAAGUACAGUGACCCUCCCUCCCCAAAGCUGAUGCCGUGGCUGAAUCACCUCAAGAAUUUCAGAGAAAGGGUUCCAACUGAAUGUGUCCAGGAUGCCGUGUUACUCAGCCUUAUCCAGCUCCGAAUUGAAGAUGUAAUGUGUUGGGCUAAUAGUGAAUAAACAUCUGCUGCAACCAGGACCUGAUCCAGG